CCCUCACCCUGUACAGCAAGGAGGAGGCUCCCAGGGGACCAGCUUCAAGGCAAAAGGCAGGAGCAGCACGACUGGGUAUAGGGGCAACUAAAGUGCCAGCACUUGAUAAAUUCCUGGCCAAACCAGUCAGGAUCACCUGUCAGAGGCUCCAAGAUCUACCUGUAGAUCCCGAUCUACUGGAUGGUGACCACUGGCAUAGGGGAAACUGAGGCACCCACACAGUAUUCAGAGAAAACAUUAAGAACAUUCCCACUUCGUCACAACAGGUACAACAAGAUUUAAGUGGUUGGAGUACAAUAGCAAAUUAAACAGAGCUUUUUGCUCAGUCUGCAAAAACUGUUCUGAAAAGAAGAUUUUAAUAUUUUCUACGAAGGCUGAACCAACAUUUAUUUCGUCUGGAUUUCAAGAUUGGAGACACGCAUUGUGUGGUUUUACAUCACACGAAAAAUCCUCCGGUCACAAGGAAGCGGUAAUGAAGUAUGUUGCUCUGCAAUCACAGGUAAACGUUUCUGCACUAAUGUCGGCCAGUUACAGAAAAGAAUCACAAUCAGCUAGGACUGCACUGCACAACAUUUUUACCAGUGUUCAGUACCCAGCUCAACAAGGAAUAGAAUUACGUGGACAUAAUGAGAGUCAUUCAAAUUUGAUGCAGCUCUUGUUGCUACGCAGUACAGAUUCUAAGGAACUGAGACAGUGGCUUAAUGGCACAAAAUACAAUUGGCUGUCACAUGAGGUUAUUAACGAAAUAAUCGAAAUGAUGGCAAUGAUGGUGCUAAGAAAAAUUGUGCAAAAGAUAAAGACUUCUAAAUUUUAUGCCAUUGUAAUGGAUGAGACUACCGAUUUGUCAAGAAAAGAACAAGUACGUUUUUCUUUAAGGUUCUUUUCUACUGAAGACUGGGAGAUUUAUGAGGAGUUUAUUGGGUUUUGUUAUGACGGAGCCAGAAAUGUGUCCGGCAAAUUUACUGGGAUCCAAGCCAGAGUGAAGGAUCGAGAGCCGAGAGCGGAAUUUGUGCACUGUGCUGCACGUUCCCUUAACCUUGCCACGCAGGAUGCCAUGCAUAAUAUUCAAGAAUGUCGUCAUAUGUUUUUGAUGGUGAAAGAGCUCACCAAUGCCUUCAGGGAGUCACCAAAACAUGAUCCUACACUCCUGAGAAAACGCAAGUCACCAAGAUGGCUUGACCAUGGAAGCCUUUCUCACACCUUCAGUGACCCCAAAGAGUAUUUUCAUCAAAUAUAUGUUGGGAUCAUUGAUGCUUGCAAAGUUGCCAUUGAACAGAGGUUUCCAACAGAAAGCUUUACAUUCGCAGUAAAAUUGGAGAAGCUUAUAACUGAGGCAGCAAAUGGCUUGAAACAGGACAUGUCCCAAUAA